AUGGCAGCAGGUCAACAGCAAGCGGUGGGACGGCAGUUCUUGGUAUUUUCUUCUCUCCAUUCUUCUCCUCUUCAUCUACCUUUUAUCCUCACAGUCUGAAGUGCGUCAUCUUAGCCUCAACUAGCCUGCUCCAAGAGGCACCAUUGGAUGAAGUUACACAUUUCUCACACUAGCACUGAUAGACUGUAAGAACCAUGCUACUAGGUUCUUAUAUUUUGGGUCCCUGAUUGUUAUGCUUGAGGUUACAUCAAUAGAGUUCUUUACUACCAAGCUUGUAAUCAUCAAGGCCAGAGGCUUCAAUUUGAUCAGAUGAAGUCAUUCCCACGUAUGGGUAUUGGUGUUUAUCUAGACCAUUGCAACGUACAUGAUCAGAGCAGACAACAUUCAUGAUUUUGGCUCCAUGAUAAUGUGAUGCCAGAUGAAAGUUGAAAAAAUUCUUGUGAAACCCUUAGAUUUUUGUAUUAUAAGUUCCACCUGAUCCCCUGGUUGAUGUGCUAUAUAAGGGUGUUUGGCAUGGUAGUGUAUUUGCACAGUUUUAUAUUGUCUAAAAUCAACAGCGAGUGGAUGGUCUGAGGUGAACAUGUCCGUGGUGUUCUUUAUGGUUUGAGAAAAUGGUGCACUACUUCUUUUAUUUGAAAGAUUUUUUUUUCUUUUAUUUGUGAAAAUUGAGGUUUUAUUUUUGGAUACCAUAGUGUUCCUUUCAUUAACACCUACCUUUAUUUUCUUUUCCUUAGCAGGUGCAGCUGAAAGCAAUAGUAUUGCUCAGAAGUUUGGGUUUAAAAAGAUAUCAGAGGAAGUCAUAGAUGAAUGCAAGUCAACUGCAGUUCUAUAUGAACACUUGAAAACAGGCACUGAAAUUAUGUCAUUAACAAAUGACGAUGAAAACAAGGUUUUUGGCAUUGUUUUCCGGACUCCGCCGUAAGGAUUAGAUUGCUGAUUUUCUUUUUUUCUUCUCCCCUUCCCCUCUUUUAUGUAAUAUUUUGUCAUGUACAUUAAUGUCUGCUAUGGUCUAAGUUUAGGUUCUACCUCAUUUUUUUUUCUGUGAUCAAUGUGCCUACAAAGUACAUGGAUUCCUAUUUUGAUUGAGUGGAAGUGCAUCAUCAUUUCAGAUGAAUAUACAUUAUCUGUGUCCUUAUGUUCUUUGUUCUCUUACGGGAUUUAGUAGAUGUUCCUGAUAGAGUUAUCAAAAUUAAUCUCUAAAGUGCCCUGCACUUGAAAAUAAACUGUGAGACAAUCAGCAGUAGUCAUGAUCUUGCCUUCUUUGAUGUAUCUUUGGUUAGGUCUGUGGAGGACAUGAUGUUGAUGUUGAUAGUUACACCUUGUUUGAUAUCGGAGAUUGAUGUUCAUUCUCAUAUUUAAUUUGACAUCUAGGACCAUGAAAAAGUUAGAUUAGUGAAGAUUCAUCAAACAAUGAAAACAUUAAAAAAUACAUACAUGACAGAACCAUUGAUUACUGAUACUACAUUGUUCUUUACUUUUGCCUAACCUUGAAUCUGAGGGUUAUUGAAUGGUUAUUAACAUGGAGUGUUUUUUAAUAUUAGCUCUAGCUAACAAGAAUGCUCUAAUUAUUUUUGUUAGAAUCAAAAGUGAGUAUAAGUGGAGGGAACACUAUGAAAGGUAAGUUGUUUCUGCCAACUAUACAGAGAGAAAUAACAUUCAGCACAAAGACUAAAAAAUUGAAAAGAGUACUGUAAAUAAAUUAUCUUAAUAAAUAUGAAAUCAUUAACUUGAGAUAGAACUAUUCUAUUGUAAUACUUGGGUUUCUAGUUAGCACUCAUCUCUAUCAAUUUAUGGAUAUGAAUUUUAUUACAUUAAAAUCUAUUUUUUUCUAUUACAGAUUACUUGUGUUUCCCCUAAAAUGGAGAGGCUAAUUGAGAAUGAGGGUUGGAAGUCUACCUCUCUACCAAUCCAGUUGUUCUCAUUCAAUGUGGAAGAAAGAUUAUUUUUAGUGACAUACAUUUGUGGAGGUCGAAAUGGGAAAGAGGAGGCCUCCUUAUGCUCCAUCACUUACAGUCACUGUAAAGGUAAGCACUGGGCAAUAGGUGGUGAUGGGUGAGUUUUUUCUAGGGAUAGGACUAGAACUUGUUAUCUAGGCUUAAUAGAAGCCUUUGGAUCAUUAGUCAUCUAAGUACAUGUUCUCAUGAGCUCUAGAGAAGCCACUCCAAAAAGUACUGAUCCAAAAAGUCUAGCCCUUUUUGAAGAGAAUGCCGCCUGAAGAAUGCAGGCCUUUGGACUAUUGUGAAUGUUUGGAGCUGUCAGAUACUUAGACAGCCUUGUUCAGUAGAAAGAGUUCUCUAUUUCCAUUGAAAAAUAUAGAGAGAGUUGGAGAUGGCCCUUCGUUGAGUGGAAAGGAAAACCUCUAGGAUCUUGGGACUGUUGGAUGACUAGCUUAGCAGAGCAUUUCGUGUUAUAGACUACAUAGAUGUUGUACUAGGCUGUUUUGUGAGCAUCCUGAAAAUUAAAAAAAUUACAUCUUUCUCGCAAGAAAUUUCACAGAAAAGGUAUUUUCAAGGAAAAAGAGCAUUUCUUCAUUGAUGACCAAUGAUGAGGCUAUUUGUCUGCACUUAUUUUUGAUGUGUAGUAUUGACAUUUCGAUUACUACAUUACUAGGUAUAUAUGUUUUCUCAUUCUCUUGAUGUGCAAUGAACUUCUAAUAUCUAAAAUUUAGACUUGUGAACUUUUGUUUGUGACCAGAUAUGUGACAUGUUAACUUUUCCACUGCUACUGUAAUCGUGUGUUGAAAUAUCUUGAUUCCCUACACGAAUCAGAUUAGUAGGAUGCAGCAUUAACUUUGUAUAUCAUGCUUAAUCUAGGAAGGACUCUACUGGGAUACCUCACAUUCUAGAACAUAGGAUAUUGUGUGGUUCAAAGAAGUACCCUUUGAAAGAGCCUUUUGUUGAGUUAUUGAAAAGCAACUUGCAUACUUUUCUAAAUGCAUUCACCUAUCCUAACAGAACUUGCUUUCCAGCUGCUUCUACAAAUUUGAAGGUGAAUAUGGAUGCUGGUAUUGUGCUUAUCAAUAUUUUUCUCUGAUUCUGUUAUAACUAUGUGGUUCGACUUUUUCUGUACUUUCACUUAGAUUCAAAGCUUUUCUCCAAGAUUUCUACAAUUUGGUUGAUGUGUACCUAGAUGCUGUCUUCUUUCCAAAAUGUGUGGAGGACUUUCAAAUAUUUCAACAGGAGGGAUGGCAUUAUGAGCUUAAUGAUCCCUCUGAGGAGAUAUCCUUUAAAAGUAGUAUAUAA